AUGCCCGAGUUUAUCUGCGCGGCGCCUCCGCCCGAUGCCCUGUUGGCGGUUACACAGGCGUUGGCGUGGAACCAGGUUGAUCACGCGCCUCACACAGAUUCGAAUCUGAGUGUUGCCCUCGUCUGGGUUGACGACAGCGUGGACGUUAUCCGUACGCGGCAACAAUAUCCGCUUGCCUUACUAUUGUGUGAUGCCCGGCAGAGCUGUGCCAGCAAUGCAGAUUUCGCGUUACAGCCGACACUGGAUCGCGGCAAUCAACGUCUGUUUAUUGAAAAGCUUCUGCACCACGCGCUGAAGUUCUGGCGCAGCAAUCUGAAAGUUUCAGAACUUGGACGAGAUGUAGGGUUGCGACGACAGCGUAUGCAUCAGCUGAGUCAGAUUUCCCUUGCCCUUACAGAACAGAUUUCCGAGCAGGAACUCCUGCAGACAUUGCUGACCGAAGCCCGCAAAAUUGCUCAUUGUGAAGGAGGCUCUCUGUUCCUGAUAGAGCCUGAUUCAGACCAGCAGGCCUCGCUGGUUUUCAAACUAGCGCAAAAUGAUGUUGUGGAUUUUCCCUUCGUCGAGUCGCGCCUGCCAUUAACGGCCACCUCAAUUGCCGGCUACGUAGCAAGCACCGGUCAAGAGCUGAAUAUCCGCGACGUUUACAGUCUCAAUAGCGAUGUACCGUAUCAGUUCAAUCGAUCCUUUGAUGAACAGAUGGGGUAUCGCACACGCUCCAUGCUGGUCAUUCCCAUGCGCAACCAUCGUGAACGGGUGGUGGGUGUGCUGCAGUUUAUUAACCGUACGGAUGUGGCCACCGGCGAGGCUCUGGCCUUUGAUGCUGAAAUUACCGAGAUGCUGCGAGCGAUUGCCAGCCAGGCAGCGGUAUCGAUUCAGAAAAAUACGCUGCUUAAAGAUAUUAAUGAGUUGUUUGAAAGUUUUGUUCAAGCCAGUGUUAAAACGAUUGAACAACGUGACCCGGCUACCAGCGGGCAUUCAUUUCGCGUGGCUGAGACCACCGUUGCUUUGUUACAAGCCCUGCCUAAAUCGGGUGUUGCCGAGUAUUCGAAGCUGAAUCUGACGCCGGAGCAUAUACAGGAAGUUCGAUAUGCUGCCUUGUUGCACGAUUUUGGCAAGAUAGGCGUGCCGGAAGCGGUUCUGGUCAAAGCCAAAAAAUUGACUGACGAACGACUUGAGGUGAUCCGCUAUCGCUUUGAGCUGCAGAAAGAGCGGUUACGCCGCAAGGCGCUGGAGCAGGAGCUAGACCUGCUGCACCAUGGGCGUGUGGAUCACGAUGUAGCUCGCCGCAGAGUUCAUCGUCAGUUGGAAAAACAGCUAUUAAUACUCGAUCAGUAUUAUGAGUGGGUGGUUAAUGCCAACGAUCCUAAUGUGGUGGAUCAAGGCGAAUUUGGCCAUCUUGCUGAGAUAAGAAACUAUGCCUUCCGAGAACUUGAUGGCGAAGUUGCUGGCGUUAUCAAUGAAGCCGAUGUGCUGGCACUGUCUGUGCGCAAAGGCAGUCUGACUCCGCAGGAACGCCGCGCGAUUCAAGACCAUGUUGUAUUUACCAAAGACUUUCUGCAAACCCUGCCAUGGCCCCCAGAGCUGGCGAAUGUGCCGGAUAUUGCUGGCGCGCAUCAUGAACGUAUUGAUGGCAGUGGUUAUCCUAUGGGGCUCGUAGGAGAGCAGAUACCUCUGGCAAGUCGGGUAAUGGCGGUGUGUGACGUGUAUGACGCGCUGACCGCUAUGGAUCGUCCCUACAAAGCGGCAAUGUCCCAAGCCACAGCGUUUUCUAUUUUAGAACAGGAAGCCAAACGUGGUUUGCUGGAUGCCAAAAUGGUGGAGAUCUUUAUUCUUAGCGGAACCUCAGAAAUCGCGCAGGCGGUUUAA